CUGGAAGUUUGCAUCUACACCAAAUCUUACGUCACUCCAACGACCAUUAUGUACAACCCCGCAAAGACGGAGGAAGAACAGUAUGCGGAGUACGAGCUAUCUGAUAUUGAGAUUCAGCAGUUGAAAGAACACAACCAAAAACGAGUGAAAAGGGUUGUUGCUGUUGUUGCUAUUCUUCUCACCGUCAUAUCACUGGGUCUAGUUGCAUUUUCUCUCGCACUAGGAAAGAAAAUAGACUUAAUGGUGGAAGAAACAAUGAGAAGGAAUGCGGAGGAAGAAUACCGACGGACCGGAGUGAACAUAACAGAAAAUCACGGUUAA